UCGGUUAAGUACACAGGAGCUAAACCAUUUAUAGGUCAUUAGCAAUACUUUAUAAUCGAUAUACGGAACUUAUUUUUAUUGAAUUAAUUUUUCAAUUUGAUUAAAUGUUAUGAAUUAAACAUCUCAUAACAUACUUUAUUACUAGAAAGAAAAAAAAAUACAUAACCUGUUAAACAUGAAAGUAUUAUGCAAUAAUUUAACACAUUUCUCCUUAUAUAGAAACUUUUUGGCAUAUCAGUCAAGAACACUAGGGGUUCUAUAUAGAACCCCACUGAACCUCUUUUUUCCAGGAAUGUACAACCAAUAUUGCUAAUUUGCCAAAUGUGAGCUAACAACCAUCAGCCAACAGACAUAAUUCUUGAAUAGCAAUCUUUAAAUGGGUCAGACAGCCUUAACACUGUCCAGACGCUGUCAUUCGUGGCAGUACCUGAAAACUCAUCUCCUCCCCUGUUACUCAAAAGCUUAAUUCACAGAUAAUGAUCACUUGUGCCGAAACGGUAACAAAUGAUUCUUCCCCGGGAGAGAAAAACCUACAUGAUACUACAAAGUUGUUAAAAGCCAGGAUCAUUGAUGAAUCAAUCAGGAUCAUUGGUGUUUAUACUCAUCUGGGAUAUUACCUCACUGCAGUUACUGGAGGGUCCAACACAAACAAAUGGCCUUUACAAUUUGGGAGGUAAACAGUUCUGCACUGUUUACAUUAAAGUGAUCAAUCCAUGUUGUGCAGCAAGUGAAACAAAGAGGAGACUACAUCACAGACCUCCAUGUCUCAAGUCAUUUAUCUAGUGAUUAAGUUCAUAAUGUUUUCAGAACACAUUCCUUUCAAAUUACUGAAGGCUGCCAUCACAUCUUAAAGGUAACUCAAGAUUCUGUGAGCAAAAUGCUCUAGGAAAUUCAUGCAUAUAUAAGAGAACAAGAGCAUAUACCAUUAUGUGAGCCUUGUCGCAACAGAUUGCUCAGCUAAUUGCUCACAAUGGCAUGCAAGUGUACUGUAUCUCAUUAGCUUCAAUUGCUAUGAUAAUAAUACAAAUAAAUGCAAAAUUUGACCAUAACAGUAUUUAUGUGAGUAUUUCUAUACCUUAAAACCUCAGUGAUCUUGUAUUUAGAUGGUUUGUGCUCACUUUUCAAAUAAGCAUAAAGGGCCUCAGUUUAGACUGUGCUAUUUAUAAUAUUCCCUUAAAGGUGCAAUUUACUAAGUCAUCUUGAAAUUAUACUAAGGCCUACUGGCAGGAAUGAAGCAUCAUACAAAAAGCAAAUGUUUUUGGUUACCGAUGUCAUUAUAAAAAUGGUAAAACUGCAAAGACGUCCUUUCCAGAUUUUGAACAGGCAUGUCUAGAAUGUCGCAAUUAAAUUGUGUGUAGAUGAUUGAAAUUCAUGUUUCAGACAUUUUAAAAGGAACAGUGAAAUUCCCACUGUGCGGCCCUUUAAACAGAAAAUGUGUAGUGCUGCUUUUCUCUCAGCAGGCAUAGCAAUAUUAAAACAACUGGCCUGGACACCACUAUUGUUUAAUUAUUAGAGAGCCAAUGAAAAAACAAACUGAGAGGCUUUCAAAGGCUCCAAUGAAAUUGUAACAUACUGUUCAUUUGGAUAAUACAUUUUGAUUAAUUCUGUGUUGUCAUUAACAUGUGCUACAUGAAAUUAAUCCAUGUAACAGCUUGGCAUUAUGCCAAUUAGCAAAGAGUACAAACAUAUAAUUUACCUUUUCAAAGACAUUCUUGAAAACCUCACAUUGAAUUUUAAGGGAUGCCGUCCAUUUUACCUACCAUUCGUUUUUAAAAUAGCAAGAUUUCACAGAUGUGUACCUACUUCUUGUAAAGUUUCCAUUUUUCACCUGCUGAGUUCAUUGGGUUCAUACACAUAGGCUAUAUCGUGAAAUUUAUAUUUACAUAUUUUAAGUUUUGUUGCUUGCUUGUCCCAAUAAGAAUCUGUGCUCAGAAUUUCCAAUACUGUCUGUGUGGCAGACACGUUCAUGAGGCUCGUGCGCAAAACUACAGAGUUGCAUUAGAACCUCUAAGCAUUCUGGAUAGACAGCAUCCAGACAAUAGCUUCUCAUCCAGUCAUAAAGUAUUUGCUCGUCCACAGUCCACCCAAUGUCCACAUGUUCCCUCGUGCUUAAAAUAAAGAAGGAGUAUGUAUGUGGGUCAUUCAAUUGAAGUGAAGCUCUUUUUCGGAUUAAUUUCUUCGUAAGGCCCAUACAAAAAUUCAUUUCGUCAGGCUAUAAAGAGACUUCUUACAUAAACAUGUUUGCAGUAUUAAAAAUCAUAUUAUAUGGAGUUUUAAAAAAUAUCUAGAUGGUAACUGUGCACAUUUUAUCAGUAUAAUGUUUUAUCAGUGGCAAAAAUCCUUUGUUAAUCUUAUAAAAAUAUAAGGAGUGGAAAGAUUCCCUUAUAUUAUUAUUUUUUCAAAAUCAAAACGCCAUGUUUGUCACGAGACAAGAAAUUCAAAAAACAUGGAAACCGAUGUCAAGGUCAUUAAGAUUAUAUAAUAUAUAUAUAAUCUGUAAUAUAUCACCUUAUUAAUGAAAAGGAACGUUCUGAUCAGGUCAAAUGGAGUCACCAAACCAAUUAAAAAUGAUGAUAGGCUAUGUGAAAGCAUGAAAAGUUAUGUAGCCAAAUCACGUGCAGCCUAUUCUAUGUAAAAUUUCGUACUUUUUACUUCACACCACUUGACAUUAAAUACAUUUAUCUGGAGCUAUUGAUCUAAACGUUUUAUUCAACACAGCUAACAUUUUAAAAACUUGCCACGUGUUUUAAACUAGAUUUCUAACAGAUUUAUCGUUUUUAUCAUCUCAAAUAAAUGUAAUUUUCACUGAAGCACGUAUUAAAGUAUGCAUUUCUAUAAGCAUGUUCCUGUUCACAGACGCGCUGUUGGAGCUGCAUCUCCAACAAUGUACAGAUCUCAGGGCGGUGUGAAUGUUUCGUCCGAUAUAAAUUGAGGAUGAGAGAGAGCGUCCUGCACAUCUCAGGCACGCAUCAAGCAGUGAGAUCAUAUGUGAUAUAAAUAUCUCUUUGCCAGCAGAUCUGCUCCAGCUCCUGCAGCCGAGGGUAAUGCCCACCAGUGAAAGAGCGAGUUACCUCAGAGCGCUGGAACAACAGCAAAAUGCUGGAAGUGGCCUAACACGCGCACAGACAGCUCUCUGGAAAGAAUGAACGUUCCUCUCCUGCUUUUACUCCUCUUUCAGUUGCCUCGCUCUGCAGUGCUUACGGGAUCUGAACGCGCGUAUUUGGAGCACCAACUUGUCGAGGAAGGGCGCGUAUCAGGGCGCAGGACUGGCAGACUGUACUGUAGAGUUGGAAUAGGUUUCCACCUUCAGAUUCACCUCGAUGGAAGAGUCAACGGGAGUCACGAACCUAAUCCGUUAAGUGUGCUGGAGCUUUUUGCCGUGUCUCAAGGGGUCAUAGGGAUCCGAGGGGUUUUCAGCAACCGAUUUCUAGCCAUGAACAAGAGGGGGAGGCUUCAUGCAACUGAGAGCUUUACAGAUGACUGUAAGUUCAGAGAGCGGUUUCAGGAGAACAGCUACAACACGUACGCCUCAGUGAUCCACAAGAACCAUCGCACUGGUAGAGAGUGGUUUGUGGCACUUAAUAAGAGAGGUAAAGCAAAAAUGGGGUCCAGUCCGAGAGUGAAGUCACAACACGUGUCUACACAUUUUCUGCCGAGGAUGAACCUACAUGAAAAGACUGAACAAGGAUUCUCGAUAACAGACAAAGAGCAGGAAAAACAACCACCUCCACAUCCAUCAAAGCCCUCUAUACCAAAAGUCGCAGUCAACAUUGGAAAGAAGAAUCGACCGAUAGUCAAGUACUGGCCGAAGUUUCGAUUCGGCUAGACCAGUGCUCUUUAACGUGGACUAAUCUUGCAAAAAAAACGACAAGCUGGGAAAAAGCUGGUUUGCUGAAGUAACAAGCAAUACUUGCUUAACUUUGACAUGAGCAUUCCAGUCUACAUGUAUAUCACAUGGGCUGAAUGAGCCAAUCACGAGACAUUUUCAGGACGGAAUGAACUUCUGGAGUCUGAUGUGGAUUUCAUAAUCUUAUCUGAACUCAAAUUGUUAUCCUCAGUGAUUUUACAAAAUAACUACAUUUUUUAUAUUAUACCUCACAGUAUUUAUACAAUAUUUAUGUCUCUAUGUACAAGCUUUUUUGCACAAACAGUUAUCCAGCUCCUAAGAUUAUAACGUUUGUGAUGGUAAAUAUAUUUUUUCAGAAGGUGAACAACAUUACAAGCAAAAGAAUGAAUAUUUUGAACGCUUCUGGAUUGAAUUAUGCACAUGGAUUUUUUAAUUGCUUAACAGAACGUCCAUAUUUCUGCUCUUCGAACAACUAGAUGUCUGUCCAUCAAAACUCUCAGUGUAACUGCUGACUGUCAUGGAAAUUAUAUCCUUUAAUGACCCCAGUGCAUUCCACAGAAGAGCGAUGUCUCACAAGGAUAAACAUGUCUUGAGACUGUUCUGCGUAUUUUAUGAGCUCUGCUCAUAGGUGUAUCAAAUGGCAGACAGUCGUGGUAUGACCCUUAACAAAAUAUCCCUAUAACUGUCAAGCAGGACACACUGAAACAGUGUGGAACUCAUCUUUAGUGUUUACAAGUAAAAGCAACCAUGCAUUUUUACAAACAUUUCACAAUAAUUCAUUUCUAAUAAACAUUUCACUAUAGUGUCAUUAAAAACAUCCUGUUUACAAUUCUUACAUUUAUUCUGAGGCCAUUGUCUGUUUCACAAAAAAUGUUGUAUUUGGGCAUUUU